AUGGAAAUCACUCCAGGCCGCAGAGCCACGGUAGACGACUCUGCAACUUCAAAAAAGGACACUCAAUUCAAUCAACUGUCGAUAGAAGAACCCGAAUCUGGGAAUUCACGCACUCAGCUUCGGACAUUUGCCAUUAUGACCGGCCUUUGUGCCACUGUCUUCCUUGCUGCCCUCAAUCAAACAAGCGUCGCCACCGCGAUUCCAACAAUAACCCGAGAAUUGAAUUCUGCAUCAGGGUAUGCCUGGAUAAGUGCAGCGUAUUUCCUUGCCAACGCCGCCGCUGCACCCAUCUGGUCAAAAUUAUCGGACAUCUGGGGACGAAAGCUCAUCCUGCUCACGGCAGUUGCGCUGUACUUUGUGUUCUCGAUCAUUUGCGCCACAGCGAUAACAAUGCAGAUGCUGAUAAUUGGUCGUGCCCUCCAAGGUGUUGCUGGUGGCGGUCUUCUGCAGAUUGUCUACGCGACGAUAUCUGAUAUAUUCAGCAUGCGGGCGCGGACGUUCUACCUAGGACUGUUGCAAUUAAUGUGGGCCACUGCAGGUGGGCUUGGUCCACUUGUUGGGGGUAUAUUCGCCCAGUAUGUGACCUGGCGAUGGAUCUUCUGGAUCAACCUUCCCAUCGCCUUUAUUGUGUUCGUCGUGCUAUGGAUUUUCUUGGACGUCCAUGAUCCUAAGACUGGCAUCAUACCUGGCCUGCAGGCUAUCGACUGGUUUGGUAUCUUCUCGCUGCUGGCGUGCAUGGUGACCUUCCUGCUGGGCUUGAACUUUGGACGGAACAAUGCAGCGUGGAGUUCACCGUUGGUCAUAUGUCUCUUGGUGACUGGUGUGGCUAUGGCAACCGUCUUUGUCUUCUUCGAGAAGAAAGCACGCUCUCCUAUUAUACCAAUGGAGCUCUUUGGGAACAUGUCAAAUGUUGGUACUAUGGUGAUUGGAUUCACACACGAUUGGGCUGUCUUCUCCAUUGAGUUCUACCUCCCACUAUUCUUCCAAGCCGUGAAGAGCGCAACACCACUCAGCUCUGGAAUCCGAAUCCUACCGAUCACCCUGACCCAGUCUCUGGUCGGUGUAGCUGCUGGCAUCAUCGUCCACAGAUCAGGCCGAUACCUCGAGCUCAUCUGGGUGGGCGUGGCUCUACUGGCCCUGGGCAACGGCCUCUACAUCAACCUGGACGUCUCGACCGCCUUAGGUCCGAUCAUAGCGUUCCAGGUUGUGGCCUCGACGGGCGCGGGUCUACUGUUCCAACCACCUCUGAUAGCUCUUCAGGCACUCGUGCCGCCGCACAAGACGGCGUCUGCCACGGCGACACUGGGCCUGGUCCGCAUUCUGUCCAUCAGUAUCGCGAUAGUGGCAGGCCACGUGAUCUUCGCGAGCGGGAUGAAUUCGCACAAUUCGGAACUGAUAGCACAGGGCUUGCCUCGAGACUUGGCGGAGAGCUUUGCGGGAGCGGCGGCAGCAGCGAACGUGGAGCUCAUCGGUGCGGUGGAGGACCUCGGUCUCCGGCAUGCUGUUCAAGAGGCGUUUGCGGAUUCUCUGAGAUACAUCUGGAUUCUGUGCACUUGCACGUCUGUCUGCGCGGUGGUUGCAAGUGCGUUUGUUUCGAGACAGGUGUUGAGUAGAGAACAUGUGGAGUACAGAACAGGCCUCAGCAAUGAAUAG